AUGAGGCUGGUCGACGCACAGCUGAGCGACUGUCUCCGGCGCGAGAUCGAGCAUGUUGGAUUGUCUUCCGUGGGCAACGGCCAACGUUACGUCCAAUCUGGUUUCCCCGAGCGAUAUGCUGGGCUGCUUACCUGGCUCGAGACCUGUACAGCUCGUCGGGCGAAAGAGAGCCUGGACAACAAUGUGGAAAGGGUCCACGAGCAGGCCUCCGACGAGACCAGCUAG